AUGGUCGUGCGAUUGCGCCUGGCGCGGCACGGCACCCGAAACAACCCUUUUUAUCACCUUGUGGCCAUCCAAAAUACCAAAGCGCGUGAUGCAAGACCUAUUGAAAAACUAGGAGAAUAUGAUCCUGUGCCGCGACGUGUUCGUCCAGUGCAAAUGCAUCACAUGCAUGGAGAAGAUCGACCAGGAUUCAAUGGUCAAAUCAUUUCACCUGGGAUUCAGACUGAUGUGCGCAUGGAAAAGCGUAUCGAGUGGAAUGAAAAUCGUAUAAAGUACUGGCUUAAUACGGGCGCGCAGCCUAGCAAGCCGGUAGCUCGGCUACUUGAUAGGGCUGGUCUCAUUCCUUUGGAGAAGCGUUCAUUAUACAAAGGUCUUUUCCAUCCUCCUUCCCACUUGCCUGAAGGAUCGAUUGAAAGUGCGUCUAAGGAGUAA